CAAGAAAGGGUCUUGACACCACCUGCACAGCUCAACCAUAUACAGAGACACUGGCGGUACAGAGACAGCGAGGACCACAUGUUCACCCAUCUAGAUGCUCCACGGCACCUCAUGGAUCACACAAACGAUCACGGUGCACUACAGCUAUUUAUUUUCUUGUUAAAUGUGCUUGCUGUCUCCAACACAGGAUCAACAUGUGAGGGACCUACAAGUCCUCAGUGCUACAGAAGAAAGCUUGAUAAAGAUGUUUACACUUGUGAAUGGAGUGGGCCCGUGUCUGCCGACAGAAUAACUUACGAUCUUUACUUCAACACAACGUAUGCACCCUACAGUUCCAGAGAGUUUAAGGGGAUCAGCCAAAUCUGGCACUACACAUCGAGCGAGGCACUGAUGGUGGAUCGUCCCGUCUAUGUCUGGGUGGUAGCUAACAUGGGAAACACCAGCUGCUCCUCUCACAACAUGUCUGUUGUGCUCAACCAGAGAGUUAAAUACGAAGCACCUCAAAAAUUAUCGAUGAUGUGGUCCUCAAACAACCUCACUUUAAGCUGGAGUGCUGCGGAGACAACACCGGCUGCAGUCGAGAUCCAGAUUCAGAGAGAGGCUGGCACCACAGAAUCAUGGGAAAAUAGAGCAACCAAGACCAAUGUAAGAAAUUCAAUGUACUGGGUCAAAGUCAUGAAUCUCCAGAGAUUUUCAGCCUACUGGGUGCGAGUGAGACAGAAGUCCACCGUUGCCUCUAACCCCCUAUGGAGUGACUGGUCCUCAAUUCAUUCUGUUCCUGCAGAAAUUGUAAAUCCCCCUGAGGUUAACUUCUCCAUCGAGGAUUUUGACAAUGGCACUCGGUUCCUGAAGCUAACUUGGAAGCUACGUAAAGGUGUUCUUAAAAAUUAA